AUGGAGAUUCGAAAUAUGAGAGUAAGAUAAUAUUGUAGUAGAUGAUGUGUUUUUCUAUAUAAUUUUCAAUUUUUUUGCAAAAUUAGCAAAUAGAAAUUGCUGAAAAUAAAAUGUCAAUAACUUUUGCAAUUUUCAGUAUCGAAGCGUGCUUAGAGCCAAGUAUCUUAUUGUAAAGAAAUAUAUAAAUGGAGAGGAAGUUGAAUGGAAGACCCUGAUACCCAUAGCACUGAUUGACAAACAAUUUUAUUUGAUUUGCAGAGCAUUUUGUAUAUAUAACAAUGUGGAUCAAUUUCUGGAAAGAUUCAACGACGAAGAAUUGGAGCUGAGCUUCAACACUGUUCGUCUUGAUGAUGUCAUUAACAACAUCGUGAAUGGCCCUGACUUUGUGAUAGUUGAACCGAUAUUGCCAAAUGGAUUUAUUGACGACAUAGUGGAUGUACUUUUUUUGUGAUUUAUACUUUCUAUUGUUAUAAGAACUUACUAACUGCAAUACUUAAAAGUUUUAAAAUCUUAUAAAAAAUUUUUUUAUUUCAGGUGUUUUUACGAUUAGAAGAUGCAAAUGUCAACUUAUCAGCUGUGAAUGUCCCUGUUCACACGUACCUUCAUCGUAUUUGGAAGAAGGCGGCUUGUUCGGAAAUCAGACCUCGAAAGCAGUUAAGUGGCAAGUUAUGUAAUAGCGUGUUCAACGACAUUUCAUUGCAAUGUAAAUGUUCGAAUGACUAUUUGAUGGACGUUUUCAUAAUCUACAACUACACGAUCAAUAAGAAAAUGAAUGUCGAGAUAUACUACACCAAGAGGUUUCUGAAGUUUGCCGUCAGAUUUGUCAGGAUAUACUUUUCUAACAUGGAACCACUUUAUGUCAGGUCAAGGUAAGACUGUGGACAUUAAAUAUUGUACUUUUAGACUUAAAGUUGAGUGACAGCUUUUAUUACAUCAUCGUCUAUUAAUUAACGAUUUUUUAUUUACGUUAUGACAAAAAUAGUGUUAUAAUCAAUUCCCAAUUUAUAUAUCUUAAAUUACUUUUGUAACAACGAUUAUCUCUAGGCCAAGAUUACUUCCAUUUGACGUGCUGUUUGAUAUUGGAACUUUUCUGACAAGAACUGACCUUGAUAUAUGUCAACUUGUUUCUCGAGAAUGGUACAACAUUAUUGAAAGCAACAGAAAUGGAUUUGCUCUACACAACAAGACGUCUGCCAAGCUGGUUUCAAAAGGUGAUCUCUUUUGUUUUGGAGUGUUUGAUGAAGACGAGUCAACUUCGAACGUGGUCGAUUUUAGAGAACGAAGGUGUAAUUCUGCUGUUAUUGUAAGUUUUUGUCUUGGAUUUCGUAAAAUUUAGGAAAAGCGACAAAAACAUAUUUACUCUUUAAAGGUUACUGAACAGGUAUUUUUCAGGAAAAACUGUUUUACCCACUAAUGCGCAACUCCAGCAUCGACAAGUUCCACAUAAAACGAAUCGACAUUAAAGCGGUAUUUGAAAGUUUUGUAGAUGGUAUUAGCAGAUGUCUCCCAACCAACAUCAAACGCCUUGUCUUCUCGGCUGCACUUGUGGAUCGGCUGGAGCAUGUUUUUGAUUUCUCGGAGAACACGUUGAAGAUAAAAGAAUACGAAGUCGAGGUAUUCAGUGAAGAGCUAUUUAAAAGACUUUUAUCAGAGCCAGCUGUUCAACGAUGUGAUCGACUAGUACUCUAUGAGGUGAGUUCGUCUAUGUGACCUAUUUAAAGAAGUCAAUAACACUUUCAAAUAUGCCUAAAAGUCUAAUUUCAGCAAUACCAAAGCAACCAGACCAUUUUAAAUGAAGUUGCCAGCUUCUUCGGUGCCGUACCACGUCCAGCAUGCACGUUUGUUAUGCGGAACGUGAUUAAUGAACAAAAUGUGAAUGCCAUUUUAUCAACCGUAAUCAGAAGCUUCCAAAGAUCAAAAAAAUCAGCUGGAUUCAUAAAUCCUAUGCUUCUAGUGCUACACAAACAACCAAACGAACUGCCACAAUGUUGCACCAAUCCCGUACAUGUCAAUGUACCUGACGCCUUUUCUUUCGAAACACCUACUGUGUCAAACAUAUAUCAUUUCGAGAAUUCUAUUGGAGAAACUAUCACUUUUUGUAUCGGGCAGACGGUUUAUCAUCCGGUUCGGCGAAUCUGCCAUUUCCAAUAUGGCAAAAAUUAG